AUAAAUUUUAGCAAAAUGUUCAAAAAAUUCGAGGAGAAGGACAGCAUCUCGUCCAUACAACAGCUCAAAUCGUCCGUACAGAAGGGGAUACGUGCCAAGCUGCUGGAGGCAUAUCCCAAGCUGGAGACACACAUCGAUCUGAUAUUGCCCAAGAAGGACUCGUAUCGCAUUGCAAAGUGCCACGACCACAUCGAGCUGCUGUUAAACGGCGCCGGCGAGCAAGUAUUCUUCCGGCACCGCGAUGGCCCUUGGAUGCCGACGCUGCGCCUUCUCCACAAGUUUCCCUACUUUGUCACCAUGGAGCAGGUGGACAAAGGUGCCAUUCGCUUUGUUCUCAGUGGCGCGAAUGUCAUGUGCCCAGGCCUGACGUCGCCGGGUGCCUGCAUGACGCCGGCCGAGAAGAACACGGUGGUGGCCAUCAUGGCCGAGGGCAAAGAGCACGCGCUGGCCAUCGGUCUGCUCACACUCUCCACAGAAGAAAUUUUGGCCAAGAACAAAGGCAUUGGCAUUGAGACGUACCAUUUCCUCAACGACGGCCUUUGGAAGUCGAAACCAGUGAAGUAAGCAGAUAAUCAGCACAGGACCCGGAACCGGACCCGGAGCCCUACACAAGCGGCCCACACGACAUGCGGCCGUCGCUUUUAGUCUGAGAGCAAAGAAUGGUUUUCUUUUGUUUUUUUUUUAUAUGCAAACUGAAUCCUCCUGAUCAUAAUUAACUUUUUUUUAUUGUCUUAAUUUUAAAUUGUCAGUCAAACUAUUUAAGCCGAUGCAAAAUACAAUUAAUGGCAUUUAA